AUGCCCUCCCGCGAACAUGACGACGACACUGUCGAUCAGCAGGACAUUCAACCCGAAGAAGCGGCUACUACCACGACAGCCUCCCAUCGUACAUCGAAAGACAAGGGUGACAAGGAAAAGGAAAAGCACCGCCGCUCUCGCGCAGACCGCAAACCCUCAGACCGGGACCGUGACAAGGACCGCGACCGCGAGCACAAGCGCAAGUCGCGCCGGGAGAAGAACGCAGGCGAAGGGAGCGAGGUGUCUGGCUCGGUGCGGAAGCAUCGCAGUCGAAGGGACAAGGACGAUGACGGUGCUAGUCGAGUCAAGAGGGCGAGCCGCACGGCAUCGGCCAGCGACCUUUUUGCCGGCAAAUCCUCCGUCUCCCUAGACUUGCCCCGCAUAGCAAUGCCAUAUCCCACAUUCAGCAAGGCGCACAGCAAGGAGGCGGUGCAUAGCAAAGAGGACGUGUCGACAGCUGGGCGUUCGAACCCAUAUACCCCCGAUACGACCGAUGUCGGUGGCGAAUCACGACGGGACGGGGCUGAAGAUGAGCAGCUGGAGGAGGAAGACGAAAGACGGUCUAGAAGCGCAGAGUAUGAACGCAGGACCUCAACAUCAAGAAGAUCAACACGCCCGCCUACACCGCCAGAUACCGAUGUGUCAGCCGACAAACGCCGCGAGGAUGAUGCUGGCGACGGGAACGUCUCGAGACCAAAGAGCAGAACUUCCGGCAUUUCCAGAUCGGCCUCCUUGCGAGACGAGAGGUCGAGAUUGAGCGGCAAGUCGAGGUCCUCAAGCCAGGCUACUUUUGUCAAGGCACCAACCAACAAGUCCUACGAGAAGCUGCGCACAGAAUCAAGGCUCUCCAGCAGUUCCCAGCGAUCUGCUAAAAGAUCGUCGUCGGUGCGCUACCACGAAGGACGCGAGGGGCCUGACUCGUCGCCCUCGACACCCCAGGACGAGUCACCCCGUACACCAACACAGCACGCUCAGUUCUCGCCACACGUGUAUGGAGGCGCGCGACCAGAGCCCGCCCCUACACCUGAUCUUGAGGGGUCGGACAUCGAUAUCCCCUCCAAGACAGCAACGCCAGCGUCAGGUGCACCUCCUCCACCACCACCACCACCCCCUCCGCCUCCAGCUAUCGAUAUUCAGGACCUACCACGUGUGGACUAUCUACUGCAAAAUGGCGGCCUGCCGUUUGCUGUGCACAAGAGAUUCUUCGAGGUGAUCCCACGUCAGCAGGGGCAAGGCAUUGAAAGGCCCAAGGCAGACGACCUCUUCAAACCGUUUGUCACGCUUCUUGACCAAUACAGCAACGUCCUUGACAGACAUGGCUCAAUAGCCGUGGCAACUGGCCAUCGGUCCAUUGCUCGUCGCCUGCUUGACCGACUUGAGAAUGUCUUCUCAAGAGACCUCCCCCCUCACGGCUGCUCCUGCGUCAUCUGCGAGCACAGAGCGCAUGAGAUCCAUUGCGGCUUGACCUGGGGUGACGUGCUGGAGUGGGCGAGCGGACGCAUUGAGCUACCACAGUGGCCUCCCUUCAACCUGGCAGAGAUCGGUCUGAAAGCGGCGGAGAUUUCGGCGGAAGAGACGCCCAACCGCCCACGGUCACCCGUCAAGAUGGAUCCCGACAUUGACGAGCAGUUCAGAGAACACUAUCUACGCCAGUCCAUGAAGGUCCGCUCAGCUGUUGACAAGUGGCUGAACAAGACAGCCGAUACGCCUGUGCCUCCGCCGCAGGAUGUCGACGACGAGACACUUCAGUUCGCCAUCCUCACAAGCCUCGACCUGGAAGACCGACCCUACUUCAAUGCCCUAAUGGCCGGUACCCGUGAUGUUCGACCAGCGACCCGCGCACCAACGCCCGCCAAACACCUCAAUCGUAACGACUUUAUUGUCAAGACUGGUCUCUCUCUCCAGCGCCUCUACCGUUUGCAGCAGACACCCCGUGACGCAGAAAGUGCUAUGUACCUCAUCAAGAACCAGCAUACCCACGACCUCCUCGUCACCCUUUCCAAUAUCAACAACUCCGAAUGGGAGAUUCUCACUUCUGGCCGUUUCGACGGCUUCCUCUGGUCUGGCGCCGAUGCCGCCGACGGAACAUACACGCCUGGCUUCCCGGAUUCGCGGGGCCCAACGCCUCUCUCCCGCGCGCCCUCUGCCGCCAGCAUCCGCUCGAACACCAUGUCGCCAUAUUCGCGCGGUCCCACACCAGCCUCCUUUGUCUCGCUGACUUCCACCAAUACCGCGUCUGGCCGCCAACCCGUUUCCAACGACGAAGAAAUGGAAAUGGCCGUUAUCGCCGAGAUUGAGCGCGAGAUCUAUUCGGGCAUGGAGCAACUCGAGGACGCCUUCGAGAAACUUCACCUUCAGGCCGAGACUGUCCGCAACGCCCUUCGCCAACGCGGCGCAGGCCUCAUGCAAAACUUGCAGAACAGACGAAGAAUCGAUGUCCUGCCGCAACAGGGCCAGACACCCGCGCCCGGUGAACGAAUGCCAACGCACUGGGACUUUGACGGCGGCGAGAGCGAGAGUGAGUGGGGAUUCGGGGAUGAUCUCGAAAUCAAGCCCGACGAUUCGGCAAGCAACAUUAGUAGUUCACGACACAGGAGGCCCAAGAGGCGAACAGAGAGGAGGACGCCGGCGCCGAUCGAGGAGGAUGACGAAGAAUAA